AUGAAGUCCGCCAUCAUUCUCGCCUUUGUGGCCACUCUGCUUCCUCGUGGGGCCGUUUCAGCUCCUGUCCCUGUCUCCAUCGCUGCUGUGGAGCUGGGCCAGUCUGGUUACAACCACUACGUUAGUGCUGCUGCUCGGGAUGAGCUCUCCACUGCUGGCCGCUCUGGCUACAACUCGGUGGAGGUGACCGCGCGGGACGCUACUACAGCCGCCGAGACUGACGGUCGCUCUGGGUACAACUCUAUUGACGUUUCCACCCGGGCGGUCUCCACUGGUUUUGAGACUGACGGACGAUCUGGCUAUAACUCCAUCGAGAUCGCGGAGCGCGACAGCACCACGAAUGCUGAGACGGCCGGGCGGUCUGGUUACAACUCUGUGGAAGUCGUCGAGAGGACAUUGACUACCGACGCGGAGACAGAGGUUCUGAAGAUGAGCGUCCUUGGAUUGGGAGGGGGGGUAGGCUUUCGAUACGACGAGCCUUGCUCAUUCCCGCCAUCCUGGAGCCAACGUCUGAACUCGGAGAUCUUUAGCACAUGGAAGAUGACGACUGGACUGAAAGACCCCCGGCCUUACCUCGACAGCCCAUCGGACACGCCCGAGUGUGGACACAAACAACGAACACGGAAUUUCAACAGUCACAAGAGCUGA